UCGUAAAGCAGGACGCAGCGUCAUUUUUACGGCUGCGUGGUGACGUCACUAUCGUAACGUGAGAAAGUGUCGGUAAAUAAAGGGUUAUCUUCAUCUGGUAAAUUUAUAAGGGCUUUCAGUUGGUUUUCACUUCUCUUGUACGCUUGUUUUGUCUUAAAUGAAUCGAAAUGAUCGAAUAGAGCAUGACCCGAUGAACAGCUCUUGCAAUAAUGUCAACUGUAAGCCACAUAGCUAACGCUAGCUAGCUAAUUUUAUGUGUUGCUAACCUGCUAACCGUGCAGCUGAAAUUUAUGCACUGCAACGUGCGCGUUUGAACAAAACAUAUGAACUGAGGUCUGGACUGCGUCUGUAGUCAUUUGGACACCUUCAGUACGAUUAAAUUAAAAUGUCAGCGCAAAAAGACUGCGAGUUUUUGGUGAAAAGAGCCCGGGAGCUGGUUUCUGAUGAUCCCUGUGCGGCCAAAGCCUGGCUCAUAACUGCCAGAACCCUUUACCCUACAGAUUUCAACAUACAGUAUGAAAUGUACAUAAUUGAACGCAACGCAGAGAGGACAGCUUCAGCAGGGAGACUGCUUUAUGACAUGUUUAUAAACUUUCCAGAUCAGCCCAUUGUUUGGCGUGAGAUUAGUGUCAUCACAGCAGCCCUGCGUAGUGAUUCUCAGGACAAGCAUGCACAGUUUCUACGAGGGCUUUUUGAGACACUGCCUGGUCGUGUGCAGUGUGAGAUGCUGCUGAAAGCCACAGAACAGUGUUUCAACACUUUGGAGAAGGCAGAGAUGCUGCUGCUCCUCCUGAAGCGCUUUCCAGAGUCUGUGGUCCAACAUGGGGUCAAUUUAGGGGAGACAUUGUUGGAGGCAGAAGCAUCAGAGAAUGUGGAGACUCCUGUCAACUGCUUCAGAAAACUUUUUGUGUGUGAUGUCCUUCCAUUGGUCAUAAAUAACAUGGACAUGCGCCUGCCAGCCAGCCUAAUGCAGAAAUAUAUGUUGAAAGCAGCUGAAUUCUACAUUGGUUAUGUUACCCGUGGACCCUCGCCUGAUGUACAGAUACAAAGCUCUCAGGAAGGUGGGACUCUGAAGUCACCCACUGUCUCCCGUGGCUCACAGCGUUAUGUGAUUGACGGCCUGUCAGAAAAAUCCUCAGUGGUGGCAGAGCCUUGGGAGAGGCUUCUGGAUAUCCUUGGUGUGGUGGGAGCCCGCUGUGAGUGGCAGGGAGACAAGGGACAGAGGAGUUAUGUUGACAUGCUGCAGAGAAUGAAGGAGCUGUGUCGCUACCUGCCUGGUCUGGAAGGAGACACAAGGUCCCGCUGCUGCAGUCAGGUGGUCAUCUGUGCUGCGCUCGUCCUCUUUCGCAGUGCCUUCCUCUAUGUCUCAGCUGUACAGCCUGCACUGUUCCAUGGAGUCAGUGCGUUGAGUUCAGGCCCAUGGAUCCUUGUCGAGGAUUUGAGUUCAGUGUAUAGUGAUGUGGAAUUAGACAGAGGAGGAGUAAAACAUGCACAUAAAAAACGCAAACUGGCUGAUGGGAGAGAGAAGACUAUGAGCUCAGAUGAUGAGGAAGGUCUGGGGAAAUCCCGUGGUCGACACAUUUUGGUGAACAAAAUGGAGAUGCCCAGCUGGUCAGAGACUCUGGAGAGCUUUUGCACAGCAAGAGAAAGCUGGGACCUCCUUCACUCCCACGAUGGUCUGGAAAGUGAAUUCAAGAAGAUAUGUGCCACUUGGAAGACAGACAGCUGGCUGUGGUUCAGGAUAUUCCUCACUGAUAUGAUUAUGUACCAGGGACAGUACCGUAAAGCCCUCUCCAGCCUGCACCAGAUGGCUGCAGUGCAACAGCCCCAGCCUGGGCAGCAGAGCCCCUCCGGUCAGACCAGUCUGGAGCACCAUAGGGCCCUGAUACAGCAGGCAUCCUGCCACUAUGCACUGGGAGAGUACAGGAUGGCCUGUGACAAGCUGCUUGAUGUUGUUAGUGGACUGGUACCUCCAAACCAAGAACUGACAAAGGCACCAGAGGAUCAGGGUAGAGUCAAGACCAAAAGUAGGAAAGGUAAUGACUUGAGGUUACUUCCUUGCACCAGCAAAGCUGUACUACCUUUCUGUCUCCAGCUGAUGCUCGCCUGCUUCAAGCUUCGUGCCUUCACGGACAAUCGUGACGACCUGUCGCUCGGUCAUGUGGUGGUGCUUCUGCAGUACGACUGGCCGCAGGGAGAGAUGCUGUUUUUAAAGGCAGUCGAUAAAAUCUGUCAGCAAGGCAGCUUCCAGUACGAAAAUUUCUUCAACUAUGUCACUAACAUUGACAUGCUGGAGGAGUUUGCAUACCUGCGUACUCCAGACGGAGGGAGGAUUCAGCUGGAGCUGCUGCCCAAUCAGGGAAUGCUAAUUAAGAAUCCUAGCCCCGCCCUGGGGGUGGAGUUAAAUACCCUUCUGCUACAAGGGGUGCAGACGAUGGACAGACACCACACAGUGACACGAGGAAUCACCAAAGGAGUGAAGGAGGAUUUCCGUUUGGCCAUGGAGAGGCAGGUGUCGCGUUGUGGAGAGAACUUGCUCAACGUGCUCCACCGUUUCUGCAUUAAUGAGAAAAUAAUCAUCAUCCAGUCCCUUCCUUGACACCUGGCGUGUCUCGUUUAAACCAUGGCACAGUUUUAAUGCAGUUGGACUGGAUUUAUGACUCCAAAAGGUGUUUCUCUACAGAGGACACAUUUCUAGCUCUCAUGUCUUUUAUCAUUCAUCAUUGCGCUCUUAAGAAACGUCAGUGUAUUCUUCUUGCCUUAAAAGUGGACCUCUCCUUUCAGAGAGUUAAAGACAAUACUGUAUACACAGUGUUGAUGUCAUAAUCACUGUACAGUUAUUUUGUAGUUUUUUUCCUCACUAGUACAAAGUUGAGGUGGUAACUUACUGUGAUGUUUUGUGGGAGUCAACGUUGACAACAAAAUCAAAUGCGUUUUUGAUACUGUUUUUGUAAAGUUUAUUGUUUUUGCUACAGUCUUGAUCAAAUAGUUAGUUUAUAUUGAUGUUUCCAUUAAAUGUCACCUGAAUGGUUUAAAGAAGUUAACAUGUUAUUACAUCAUUUAUAUGUGUCAAGCGCAUCAGUUUCUCAAUGCUUAUAAAACAAAAUUAAAAAUGAGAUGCUUUAACUCAG